UAAACAACAAACAAAAAAGUUUACAGUAGCUUACACAAAAGUUUCACGUUUCCUCUUCUUCUUCUUCUUUACCCUUCAACAAUUCCAAGAAGAUUAAAGAAAAAAAAAACACAAUGAGGCAGUUUCCAAACAUAAGAGGAAAUAUAUAUGCAAAGAUGUCGUCGACGUCGACAAUGGUGGCGUCUCAAACACGUCCACCGUGGCGUACACCAGUUCCUUACCUAUUCGGUGGCUUAGCAGCCAUGCUCGGACUCAUAGCCUUUGCUCUCUUGUUGCUCGGUUGCUCUUACUGGAAAGUUUCUCGUGAAAGAGACGAUGAGGAGAAACAAGCCGAGUCCGGUGAGAAAGUGGUGGCUAAGGUUUUCGAAGAGAAGAUUCUUGUGAUCAUGGCUGGACAAAACAACCCCACUUUCUUGGCUACUCCGGUCGUCGCCAAGAUUUGCCCGGACUGCGUAAUUACGACUAGGAAAGAAGGGCAGAAUGGUGAAUCUAAAGGAGCAGAAGAAGACCAUUGAGCUCUCUUCUCAAGACAAGACUCAAGAAGAGUGUUCUUUUUUACUUUCGUCCUCUGUUUUUGUCGGUUCUGUUUGUUUGUUUGGGGGAUUUAGUUUUUCCUCUGUUUUUAUCGAACUUGAAAAUGUAAAAAUCUUUGCUAGAGAGUAGUGAAUGUGAACAAAGAAGUUGGCAUAUUUUGGGUUUCUUUCUCUAUA